AUUUUGAAUGUAUUUCCAGGUAAUCUCAUACUCAUCUGUGGCAAGAGCGCCAUCUUUAACUGACCAUAAGUUCGGAGAGCCAUCUUUUGGAAAUAUGGUCACUCUCACUAAAACUUCGAAAACUUUUACCAAGACUGAGAUAUCUCAACCAAACCAAGGCCCUUUAUCCUGUAUCCAAAGAUUGCUUCCUCCAAGGCUUUCAACAACAAGCAAAGUUCCCGAAUUGACAUCUGUGAAUAAUAACAUCGGUGGUGAAUUUCCUGACAAUACGCAGGAAUUUAGGGAUCAAUCUCAUGGAAGGGUUAACUACGAACACAUUCAAAAUACUUCCAUAUAUGGUGCUACAGGGACUGGUCACACCAGUUAUCCAAUGGUUGCUGGCCAACAUACAAUGUUCAGUUAUCCAUCAGCUAUUCAUGGGGUCCCUCAAUCCAUGAAUUCUCAUAUGUUUCACCAUGUAGCACAACCAUUACUUCCAAUAACACAAUCGACACAAUCUAUGGCACAACCAAUGAUGCAUCCAGCACAAUAUAUGAGACACCCAAUGCUUCCAGCGCAAUCCAUGAUACGACAUCCAUUUUCAGCACAACCAAUGCUUAACAUGGUACAACCAAGUCAGCCAAUGUAUGCAAUGGCACAACCAGUGCAAUCAAAUCAAUCCUUUAACCAAUUUACGCCAGGGCUACCAGUGACAAGCUCAGUCAAUUCAGGCACCAACAUUUCCCUCCAAUACAACCAGUCAUUUCCAGUUCCUACCAGUCAGUAUACUCAGCCUUUUGGCAGUUACUAUAAAAACCAGUGAUCCAAGCCAGCAUUUUCAUGGUUGCACACUUACUAUAAACAAUAAGCUUUAACAUGUGGAACAGUUUAUCAACAUUGACAUGCAGUGUAGGCCCUAAGGAUCUGGAACCUGCUGAUCAAAAUGGCAGUACGGACCAGUUGCAAUGUUAUUUUCCUAUACAGGUACCUAGUGAAAAAAUCAACUGGUCCGUAUCAAAAGUAACCUGGUAAUGACCAGCAGACCGGCCUCUAGGGCCUACACUGUUGACAUGUGCUUUUGCAUUUAAGCUUGAACAUGAUGUCUUGCAAACAAGCCUGGCUUUGUGGUCCUGGGUUUGAACAGUAACAUGUGGGCUUGCAUUUAAGCUUAAUACAGAUAAUCAAAAUAAAAUCUGAGCUUAAUUUAGUGGUGCUAUUAAAUCAGUAUUAUUAAAAGUGAAGGUGC